CUCUCCCCGGUCCCCGCGUCGCCUGCUUCUGCUUCUUGCACCCCCCACCCCACCACAACCGAAACCCCACUAAUAAUCCGCCAUGGCGCUCGCCUCCGGCACGUGCCGCCCCCUCCUGGGUGGCCCCGCCAGCACCGCGCGGCUCCACCUCGCUGUCUCCUCGUCCUCCACCGCCUGCUCGAUCCGCUUCCCCCGCGGCGCCGGCGGUGGCAGGGCGGCCGUCUCCCUCCGCGCCCCCGCGCCUCCAGCGGCGGCGGCGGCAACAUCUGGUAGCAUUGCUCCAGCGAUUUCAUUGACCGAAAAGGCCUUGAAACAUCUGAACAAAAUGAGGGCUGAACGGAACGAAGAUUUGUGCUUGAGAAUUGGAGUGAAACAGGGUGGAUGCUCAGGCAUGUCUUACACCAUGGAGUUUGAAAAUCGAGCAGAUGCCAGCCCUGAUGAUUCUGUUGUAGAGUAUGAUGGUUUUGCCAUAGUCUGUGACCCCAAAAGCCUUCUCUUCAUGUUUGGAAUGGAGCUGGACUACAGCAACGCACUCAUUGGUGGAGGCUUCUCUUUUCAGAAUCCAAACGCAACAAAAACCUGUGGGUGCGGCAAAUCUUUCGCGACUGGGAAGGAAUCCGAGGCUGCAGCAAAAGCUUGCAACAACUAGAGUAGUGAAAUAUUGAUAGCAAAUCGUGAUGUAACUUGUUAUAUAGCUUGCUCCUGAUCAAAUCACGUGGCUCCACCACUUAUACUUGUUUCGUUUCAAAAUAGUUGGCUUUGUUUGUUUUUUUCAGGAUAACUUUGAUCAGAUAUAUACAAGAAAACAUUAAUACUUAUGGUAUAUAAUUAAUAUUAAUUGAUAGAGCUUUGAAUC